GACGUGUCGGUGCCGAGCGGGCCCCACUUGUUAGCGCCCUGCGCCGCCGGUCGGGAGCACUCGCAGCGGGCAACAUGUGACUCGCGCCACUCGCCGGUAUCUGAACUCGACUUUCAGUUUCUGGCAGUGCGGCUAUUUAUCCGCUUUUACCAAAUAAAUUUUCAUUGCACACCUAGUAUUCGCCAUUUUUUUGCGUAUACUGCAUUGCCCUAAGGAAAUCUGAACGAUCCUUUACUGCAAGUGUUGAGUGAAGUACCGGUCGAUGCUCUGACGGCAUCGUCUCUCGAUUGUUUAAGCCAGAGGUGCAGAGAAAGAGACAGCACACCUGGACGAGAGGCGCUGUACUGGACUGUUGACACCACAGAACAAGAGAUGAGGCCGUGGGGGCGGGCGAGCGGCGGCCGCCUCCGCCUCCAGUAGCCGCGGCAGGAUGCGGCUGCUGCUGCUGCCGCCGCUGCUGCUGCUGCUGCUGCCGGGACCCGCGCAGCGCGCCUCCGCCAUCGACAGGUCGCAAUGCCUCGCGCCCCUGGGUAUGGAGUCCGGUGCCAUUGCAGACGAAGACAUAUCAGCGAGCUCCUCCUUUGACAGCGGCAACGUCGGACCGCAAAAUGGGAGGGUCCGCACGGAGCGUCACGGAGGCGCGUGGUGCCCCAAGCAGCAGGCGACGAUGGAGCCGAAGGAGUGGCUGGAGGUGGACCUGCGGCAGGUGCACCUGGUCACCGCCACCGAGACGCAGGGCCGCUUCGGCAACGGCGAGGGCCAGGAGUUCGCCGAGGCGUACAUGCUGGAGUAUUGGCGGCCCCGGCUCGGCAAGUGGAUCCGCUACCGCGACCACAGCGGUAAAGAGGUGCUGAAGGGCAACACCAACACAUACCUGGAGUCCAAGCAGGAGCUGGAGCCAGCGAUCUGGGCGAGCAGGGUGCGCUUCCUGCCCUACAGCUUCCACCGCAGGACCGUCUGCAUGAGGGUCGAGCUCUACGGCUGUCGUUGGACAGACGGCGUGGUGAGCUACUCGAUGCCGCAGGGCGACAAGCGCGGCGCCGGCUGGGAGUUCUUCGACGCGACGUACGACGGCCACUGGGACGGCGAGCUGCGCCGGGGGCUGGGGCAGCUGACGGACGGCCGCGUCGCGCCGGACACCUUCCGGGCCGGACACUACACGGCCGCCGACAGAGGCCAAGGAUGGGUCGGCUGGAGGAACGACACCCGCGGAGGGCAGCCCGUCGAGAUUAAGUUCGAGUUCGACAAGGUUCGUGAGUUCAACGCCGUGCACAUAUUUUGCAACAACCAGUUCACGCGGGAUGUGCAGGUGUUCUCGGAGGCGAACGUGCUGUUCAGCGUGGGCGGCAAGAUCUACGAAGGCGAGCCCAUCACCUUCACGUACAUGGAGGACCGCAUCUUCGAGAACUCGCGCAACAUCACCAUCAAGCUGCAUCAUCGUGUGGGCCGCUUCGUGAAACUCCGGCUGCACUUCGCCAACAGGUGGAUCAUGAUCAGCGAAGUUUCUUUUGACUCUGUGAUAGCGCACGGCAACUUCUCUGAGGAGGUGCUGCCCGCGCAAGACGCUCCGGCGCAAGACGUGUUCAUCGAGAGGGACCAACAGCACGCCGGGGGACGGCCUGUGUCGACGGCGACGGAGGAGGAGCACACGUACCUGGCGGUGAUCGUGGGCGUGCUGAUGGCCGUGGUGCUGCUGCUGGCGGCCGCCAUCUACGUGAUCGUGUCGCGCCACCGCCAGCGCAAGUGCUUCGCGUCGCCGCUGGCCGCCAAGGAGGCGGCUACGCUGGACCCGCUGCUCGUCGCCAGCGACUACCAGGAGCCCUACCACGCCGUCAAGUACGCGCCCUACUACAGCUACAGCUGCGUGCCCUUCGAUGUGGACGGCGUCAGCGAGAAGGGCUUCGCGUCGCACAGCGAGAGCGGCCCCGACUACGCCGUCCCGGACACGGGUCUCCGGCCGCCUCCCACGCCCCCGGCGAUCUCGCUGUCGGAUGACGUCGGCAGCAUCUUCUCCAGAGGCAGCAGGACCCUCUCCAGGGCCAAGAAGUCUCCUGACCGACCAGGAGCGUUGGCAGCCCUGCGACGGCGGCUGCAGCAAACGGCGCUGCCGGAGUUCCCCCGGCACAGGCUACGCAUGCUCUCCAGGCUGGCCGAUGGUGCCUUCGGCACGGUGUACGUGGCCGAGGCUGACGGAAUCCCAGAGUACGGCAGCUCGGCGACGCUUGGGAAGCGCCUGGUGGCCGUGAAGUUCCUGCCCACCGCCUCCACCGAACAGCAGAGACAAGACUUCCUGCGCGACGUGCGCAUCCUGGGCGCGCUGGAGGACGCGAACCUGGCGCGCGUGCUGGGGCUGAGCACGCGCGAGGAGCCGCUGGGCGUCGUGCUGGAGUACCUGGAGCACGGAGACCUCACGCAGUUCCUGCGCGCGCACCAGCUGGCCGGCGACGCCGCCCACUCCACGCACAACACGCUCAGCUUCAGCUGCCUGCUGUACAUGGCCUGCCAGAUAGCGUCUGGGAUGCGCUACCUGGAGACGCUGAACUUCGUUCACAGAGACCUCGCUACGCGGAACUGCCUGGUCGGUGAGGGCUACCACGUGAAGGUGUGCGACUUUGGCACCGACAACGAGCUGUACGCAGCUGACUAUUACAAGGUGGACGGAGCCAACGCGAUACCCGUGAGAUGGAUGGCCUGGGAGUCGGUUUGCCAGGGCCAGUACACGACCAAGAGCGACGUGUGGUCGUUCGGCGUGACGCUGUGGGAGGUGCUGACCCUGGCGCGCCGGCGGCCGCUGGAGCCGCUGUCGGACGCGCAGGUGCUGGAGGCGCUGGCGCGGCUGCAGCAGCGCGACGAGGCCGACGAGGCCGGAGGCUGCGGCGACGACGACGCGGACGUGGACGCGCCGCUGCCGCUGGGCGCGCCCGCCUGCUGCACCAAGGACGUGCUGCGCCUGCUGCACGAGUGCCGGCGCCGGCACGCCGCGCGCAGACCGGCCUUCCGCGAGAUCCACCUCUUCCUGCAGCGCAAGACGCUGGGCUACGCGCCCGGAAUCUUCUCCUGA